GAGACCGAGUUUUAAAUUGAAACCUAGCUGAGAGAUUUACAACAGAAAAGUGAGUUGUGAAGAAUGGGUACGUUGAAGGGUUUGGUUGCUUUUGUCUUGGUGUGUAUAUGCACACAGGCUUCAGCUCAAACAGUGUUCACAGCAUCGGUGUUCACGCAAACAUCCAGGAGCGCAACUCUCCAAUGGAACAGGUAUCCUGGAGCCACCUCCUACCUGAUCACAGUGUCCCGAGAAGGCUCGCAAGACGUCAUUGCUUUCACCCAAUUUGGUGAAAACACAGUGAUGGGCACUGUCAAAUCUCUGUCCCCCAACAAUUUAUAUGUCUUCACGGUUCAACCUUUGGAUAUUAACCAAGUCCCACUGGACGUUAUAACUGUUCAGUCAUUAACAGCUCCUGAGGUGAUGGAUCCCAUCCAGAAAGUCAAGUCAAAGGACAGCCAAACAUUGAUAGUCGAAUUCAACAUGGUCACAGGAGCAACUCAUUACAUUGUACGGAUCCAGAGUUAUGAUGGAUUUUAUAGAGAGGAUACAAUUUAUUCCUCCCCAGCUGAGAUCAGUUCUCUCACACCGUACACUGCGUAUACAUUGAGCAUUAUGGCGGUGAAUAGCGGAGGUCGAAACCAGCCCUCUCCCUCUGUAACUGGAAAGACAGUUUUGCCUCCUCUUCAGCCCUCCACUUCUUCUCCCAGUAAUGACAGCAUUUUUAUAUCCUGGGACCCGAUUGAUGGUGCUGUCCAGUACACUGUGGCCCUGUACGAGGUUUUCUCCAACACAACCAUGAAACACAACACCAGCAGCACAAACGUGGCACUCUCUGGACUGGAAGCUGGCUCACGCUACAUGAUCAUGGGGUAUGGCUGGGAUGCUGAAGAACGAAAGGGAGAGGGAAGUUUGUACAUCAACCAGACAACACGACCUCCGACGCCGGCUUCCGUUGAAGUCUCUGUGGUGAUGAUUGGCGACCGGGCUGUACUGUCUGUCUCAUGGGAAUUAAAUCAGCAGGUUUAUGGCAACAUAGAAUACUAUGUGAUGAGUGAUCAGAGCCUCAGUUGUAACGCCACAUCCGGCUCCUGCAUCCUCUCACCAGUGGGCUGUGGAGAGGUGCACACUAUCCAGAUUGUCCCCUCCAAUGAAGCGGGGCCCGGCUACCCUUCAAGUCCUGUUGAGUUCAUCACCUUCCCUUGCCCACCAAAAUCUUUAGCUUUGGUGGAGUCAGUGGAAGGAAACUGCACUCUGUCCUGGGAUAUGGAGCCCCUUGCGGAUAGCUACAUGGGCUACAUCAAGAGAGGUGACGGUAGUGAAGAGACAUGCAACACUACCGGCAACAACUGCACCUUCCACUGCCAAUGUGGCUACAUGUUCCAGAUGUAUGUGUUUGCCUACAACUAUGCCGGCUCCAGUCCUCAAGGACCUCAUGUCAACCAUACCACAUUGCCCUGUUGUCCAGAGGGUGUAUCUGUCUCCCUGGUGAGCACGGAAACUCUGGAGAUCACAUGGACAGCAUCUCGUGGAACAGAUCUGUAUGAGACUCGAGCAGCGGAUAUUUCAGAAGUCAUCCUGUGCAAUGACACUUCACCAGUGUGCGCCCUCUCCGACCUGAGCUGUGACAGUGCCUACAGUGUGGUUGUGACACCCUGCAAUGACAUGAGUGGCUGUAAUCUUGGAUGCAAAGCUCACACCAAAGACACAGCCCCCUGCAUGCCCACGUAUAUCCAGCUUGAUCCAAAAAACUCUUCCUGUGUCAGUGUAAGUUGGACAGCAAACAACCGUGCUGCCAAUUACAGUGUGAGCGCAGUGGGAGAAGAUGGCACACAUACCUGCACUUCGAGUGGAAGUAGCUGUGACAUCACAGGUCUGCCCUGUGGAUCCAUCUAUGAGGUCACUGUCCUAGCAACAAGUGCUGCUGGACAGAGUUUAUCCAGUUACUAUGAAACACUAGAAACAGAACCCUGUUGUCCCCCCAGUCCCACUGUACACCAAGUCACUCAGGCAAUGACCAAUGUCUCAUGGUCUCCCUCGAAAGGUGCUUAUACAUUUUUGACCUCGUUGACAUCACCGCGUGGUCAUGCAAGCUGCCACACCCAGGACUUCCACUGCCUCAUGGGAUGCAUCACUUGUGGCACAAACUACACAGUCACCAUGGAGGCUUUCAGCCACAGUGGACGCAGUGUCAACUGCACAUACCAGGGCUUCUCAUCCAGUGCAUGUUGUCCAUCAGGCGUCAGGGUGUACAAGAUGGCUGGAAACUCUUUGCGGCUGCACUGGCGCACCACUGGCGGCAACCACCGUUACAUAGCCGAAAUCAUGGGCAGUGACAACUCCUACAACUGUACUACAUCUGCGGGAGAGAGCAGCUGCGAUAUUGCAAACGUCCAAUGCGGAGACAUUUAUCAUAUAGUGGUAGCUCCGUUGACACCAGAGGGCAGCAAAGUCUCAUUUUGUGCUGAAAGGGUUUAUUCAGUCACUUGCACAGGAAGUGAUGUCGGUACAGUGAUUUACAGAGGCAAAAGAAGUGUGGAUCAGUAAGCCACGGCCUGCUGUCAUAUUAGUAAUUAUCUCACGGUAACUCCUCCUCCUCCUCCUCCUCCUCAUCAUCAUCAUCCUCAUCCUC